GGCGCGGCGCCUCCCGCCGAAGGCCCGCCCAGCUCGCGCCGGGCCCGCGCGACCUCUCGCGAGACUCGGCGGCGUGGGGGCGGGCCCCCAUCAGGAAGAGCGCACAAAACUGCCCUUAAGUCAUCGGCGAGCCACAGCUCCGGGGACGCCGGCCACGCGGUUCUCGCGAGAUCCGCCUCCCGAGCCCCAGGGCCCUUGAGCGGCGGAGCCGAGCCUGCACCUCCCGCCUCCGCGCCACAGCCGAGCGGGCGCCGCGCACGGAGCGCCGACAGCCGACACGCAGCCGCCAUGGCGCUGAAGCGGAUCAAUAAGGAACUUAGUGAUUUGGCCCGGGACCCUCCAGCACAAUGUUCUGCAGGCCCCGUUGGGGAUGAUAUGUUCCAUUGGCAGGCCACGAUUAUGGGACCUAAUGACAGCCCAUAUCAAGGCGGUGUAUUCUUUUUGACAAUUCAUUUUCCUACAGACUACCCCUUCAAACCACCUAAGGUUGCAUUUACAACAAGAAUUUAUCAUCCAAAUAUUAACAGUAAUGGCAGCAUUUGUCUCGAUAUUCUAAGAUCACAGUGGUCUCCUGCUUUAACUAUUUCUAAAGUUCUUUUAUCCAUUUGUUCACUGCUAUGUGAUCCAAACCCAGAUGACCCCCUAGUGCCAGAGAUUGCACGGAUCUAUAAAACAGACAGAGAUAAGUACAACAGAAUAUCUCGGGAAUGGACUCAGAAGUAUGCCAUGUGAUGCUACCUUAAAGUCAGAAUAACCUGCAUUAUAGCUGGAAUAAACUUUAAAUUACUGUUCCUUUUUUGAUUUUCUUAUCCGGCUGCUCCCCUAUCAGACCUCAUCUUUUUUAAUUUUAUUUUUUGUUUACCUCCCUCCAUUCAUUCACAUGCUCAUCUGAGAAGACUUACGUUCUUCCAGCUUUGGACAAUAACUGCUUUUAGAAACUAUAAAGUAGUUACAAGAGAACAGUUGCCCAAGAUUCAGAAUUUUUUUUUUUUAAAUGGAGCAUGUGUAUUAUGUGGCCAAUGUCUUCACUCUAACUUGGUUAUGAGACUAAACCAUUCCUCCCUCUAACAUGCUGAAGAAAGCCGUCUGCGGGGAGAUGGCGGGCUCUGGUCACAUCAGCGAGCAGCAUGGCUUUAGCAGCACCCAUCUGUUAAGCCUUCCACUGUUAGAGAUGCGAGGUUACAUGAUACACUUUAUGCUCAUAACUGAUGUGGCUGGAGAAUUGGUAUCGAACCUAUAGCAUCAGCAGAACAGAAAAUGUGAUGUAUUUUAUGCAUGUCAAUAAAGGAAUGACCUGUUCUUGUUCUACAGAGAAUGGAAAUUGGAAGUCAACACCCUUUGUAUUCCAAAGUAGGGUCUCAAACAUUUUGUAAUUUUCAUUUAAAUUGUUAGGAGGCUUGGAGCUAUUAGUUAAUCUAUCUUCCAAUACACUGUUUAAUAUAGCACUGAAUAAAUGAUGCAAGUUGUCAAUGGAUGAGUGAUCAACUAAUAGCUCUGCUAGUAAUCAAUUUAUUUUUCUUCAAUAAAGUUGCAUAAACCAAUGAGUUAGCUGCCUGGAUUAAUCAGUAUGGGAAACAAUCUUUUGUAAAUGCAAAGCUGUUUUUUUGUAUAUACUGUUGGGAUUUGCUUCGUUGUCUGACAUCAAAUGAUGAUGUAAAGUUGGAAAGAGUGAUUAUUUUGCCAUGUGUGGUUAAAAGUGCACAGUCUCUUCCAGGUUCACACAUUGACUGGCCUGAGCCGUGCAGAAUGAAGAAGCUGUUGGGAUGGUGCGGCCCAGUCUCUCUCGGUACUGGCCGCGCGGGCCGCCGAGACCGCUGGGGACCCGCAGUGUAUGUGGAGAUGAGUAUGUGCAGUUAAAUUUAUUUUCCAGGUGCAACCCUCAUCUAACUCAGUUUCUCCUUCACCUUGUACACUCAACAGCUGAAAAAAGAAAAACAUGGGAGUAAUAAUGGGUCAAGAUUUACAAAAUAAAGUACUGUUUGGUGUGGGGGUUGUCCUAAGGAUAUGUGGAAGUGACUUAACUGUGUGGGAUAUUGAGUGUCCGUUGGCUUGGACCUGUUCAGCCAUUUACAUUAAUGAGCAUCUAAGUGCAACAGAUAUCAUUUCAGGUGACUUAACAUGAAUGAAUAAAAGUCAAUGCUAUUGGAUUAUUUUUGUUUGACAAGUGCUAUGUGUGCCACUAACUUCUGUAGUAACAAGGGCAUUAUCAUUCUUCACCCUUCCUAUUCUGACCCUCUGGUUUUACUUUUUCCCUAAUUAUUUUUAUUUUGUCCAUUGCUUUCUUAAAAUCCUGUAUCCGAUUGCUAGCACAUCUGUGACUUUUCUCCACUUACUCAUUUUUGCACUGCUUAAAGUCAUGUGCAAUCUUGUUCCUAGUCUGCACACAGAUGUGGGAAGCUAGAUAUAAAAUAAAUGUUAAAGCUUGAUUUUUUAUAUAUAAACAUUUUAAUAUGUAGUUUGGACAUGAUUUAUUGGCUUAAGGUUCUUCUCUAAAUGAAGUGAAAUGCAUGCCUUCUGAAGAUGUUCUGGCUUUGUUAAUUCUGUAAUAAGCAUUUCAUUGAGAAAUAUCAAUCCAGCUAUACAAUUUUCCAGUGAGUGAAUUUUUUUUUUUUCAUUAUUUUCCUUUAAGACAUGAGUAGCUGUCAUUGUUAAAAUUAUUUUGGAUUCAAGUUAUAUGAGAUAUUAAUACUAGUAACAUACCACUCCACAGGUAAAUACUUUCGUCUCCUUAAAACUUGUUUCUUCUGAGAUUCCUCUACAGUAUGCUCUCUAAAUAACAGCUUUAGUUGGCAUAUGAUUUCUUGAAAGCCAACCAUGAAUAAAAAAACAUACUUGUCAGAGCUUCUGGAUCCCUUAAGGCUUUCGAACUGACCCUUUUUGGCCGUAGAUAACCUGUAGGCAUCUAUAGAGAUGACGUCCCUAAACACCGUCGUGAGUGGUAGAUGUGUCCAGUCCUUAGCUCCAGUGCUUUCCUAGAACAAUCUGUCAACUCUAAGGGAAUAAGCCAUACAGGCUUCUCCGGGUUUUAGAGAACAGUCAAGUUACCUGGAAAAACCCACAUUUUUGAAUGUCCGGACACUGGACUGGGUCAUCUCCCAUGAGACCUUCAAAGGAAGCCAAGAGUUUGCCUCUGCCCGCCCCCCUCAACGCUAGUGCCAUGCGUGAGACUGAAGAAGAUAGAUGAAAAAUCAGUUCUUCCUGUGUAUUUCCUGUCUUCUAAUGCAUAAACUCAAGAGUAAGUUUUGCUUCACCUAUGAGAAUUAUAGUCCAGUUGACCUGUUAAUAGUAAAUCAACAUUAAAUAUUUGAAGUUUUUGUUCCUGUGCAAGUUUGCAAUGUGAUAAUUUUUUUAAGGAAAAUGUCUUUGCUUUCUUGUGUGGGUGUACUCACAAUUUUUUAAAGUAUGAACCACAGUUAACUAGUGGUCUCAGGGGUAGUGAAACACUCACUUUUUUUUAAUGGCUUAGUUGAAAAUGCUUCAGAUACCAUACUGUGUUAGUGAUUUGGGGUGACUCCGGUUAGCCAUGUUUUUGUGUUGACAUAACAAACCUGUUAAAUGAUUGUUGGUUACACUUACAAGUUGUCUUUCUUUCACGAGGAUCCCAGUGCAAGUCGCUCAGUAUUGUCUAACAGUGACACCCGCGUAAGACUUGUAAUAGCUAAGGGUAAUCGAGCUUAAAGGAACUGUUACCAUUAAAGUCUGUGUUCAAAGA